ACCCCCAAUUGUUAACUCUCGUGUUUCUAUUUUGACAUAUUUAUCUUAAUUCUCCUUUCAUGUUAUUUUCGCGCGCCAAUAAGCCGGCACAUGUGAAACGCAAAAUUGCGUUUUUCACGAAAAACCAUAUCUUGUUUUUGUUUAUCAAAUCGCCUAGAACAGCAUAUUUUAACAAAACAACAGUGUAAAUCAGGGGCAAAGUCAUGGCCACAUUAAUUGAACAAAUGCUUGGCAAAAUGGGUCUGCGCGAUGAGCCGGGCAUGCAAAGCAAAACGCUGGAACUACUGCGUCUGCUAGAGUUGCGUUCUGCCAAUGUUCCAUUGCAGCUAAAUGAAUAUGCAAAAACUGUGUUGUGUGUGGAUGUUGCUGCCGAGCUGGUCGGCAUUGCUUUUGAUAUGGAACAAGCUCUCAAGCUAUCCAGUUUACGCAAAUCGCAUUACACAAAACAUAAGAGAAUGAUUGAAAAAUUAUUGGACCUGAAUAAAAUUGUUGGAGUGAAUGAUAUCUGCGUGCAAUUAAAUAUGACCGAAGUUUCACAAAAGGCCAACGAAUUGUUGGAACUGUAUAAAACUGUUAUGAAAGAAGAAAGUGCUGGUGACGAAAACGAUUUGAUACAUCCUCAAUAUGCAGCGAUGGCUGUUUUUCAGGCUGCUAAAAUGUUAAAGCAUAAAGUCUCCAAAUCAAAAAUAUUGAGCUUUAGUAAUUUGCGUCCAACACAGUGGCAACAGCUCGAACUGCGAUGGAAUAAAUUUUUGACCAAACAUUACAAGGACAAAACCGAUAAGAAGCUAAAGACGCGUCUAGUAGAAUUAAUUGAAGAUAGCGAAAACUCUGUAGCCAACGCAAAGUGUUGUGGUGAUAGUACAAAAAGAUCGGCCCCUGCUGUGGAAGAUUACGAAAAAUGGAAGAAACGAAUUUUACAUAUGGCAGAAGAACAGUUGAAAGAGCAACUUAAUGAAAAAGAAAACAACGAUUUGGAUAAGGAAAAUAUCAUUUUAGGACUGUAGAAUAAAAGCUUUCAAAUACUUAAAUAUAAAACGCGUUUGACGCACAAAUUUUGAUUAUUUUAAAGAUAUCGGCGCGUAUUCAUA